UUACUUUCAACUGCUCGCUCAGAAGUCACUGGGAUCCGCAAAGAGAAAGAUCGCUUGACUGAGCUUUUGAAGCAGACAGAAAUGCAGUUGUCCGCAAAUAUUGAACAAGUGGCCUUUUUGACAAAGCGAAAUGAGACUUUAGGAAAAAAGUGCGAGGAGCUCGUGGAAAAGAACAAAAUUUUGAGAGAGGAGAGGGAUGACGCCGUUCAGCUUGUCUCUUCUAUGAAAAGGGAAGUGGAAAGUAUCCAAGCAAACCUUGAUCUCAGACUAGUGGAGUACAAAAGAAUGGAGAGUGAUCUUGCCACUGCUCGUGAUAGGGAACGUAUGUGGAAAGUAGAAAAGUUGGAGUUAGAAAGGAAAUUGGCUGCAAAGGAUUCGCUUUUGCUCAGCGAAAGAAAGAAGGCAGAAGAGCAAAAGAAGCGUGAUAAGGCACAUUUCGAAGCGCUAGAGAAAAAGCUGAAAAGCGAACAACCAGGCUGGGAGGCUCAAUUAGGAGUGCUAAUCCUGCGACCUUUCCAGGAAGCUGUAUACCAUGCAGUUGAAGUUGUCAAAAAAGAGUUUGGUGCACAACUGAAAGAACUUCAGGAACAGAUGCGACCAUUGAAAGAACAAAGUUGUACAAUCGCUUCAUAUCACAUAACUGACGGUCGACCGCCACGAGUAUUGAGCGCACCACCGCUUCCCGCUACGCCUAACUCUCCAAUUACCUUUGCUGAUCCUGAAACUUACACAAAACUAGUUGAGACAAAGCCUUCAAGGAACAUGUUAAAGCCCAUUGGUAACACGGUAAUGGCUUUGGCAUUCAUUAAUCCUACAAUGUAA